UAGCGAGUGAGGGAGAGAAGAACACUGGGAAGAAUAAGGGGUCAGUCCAGAGAUUGUCCUCGAAUGGAGAGGAGCUGUGUCUGCUUGUACGAGAGGAAUGAAUGUAUGUGUUGUGUUUAGUUGUACUGAUGGUUAAUUUGAUUUUCUGGUACACAGAGGACAUAAUAACAAAAAGCCACCACCAUGAGCCGGACCACCUUCUUUGAGAUAACACAAGGCCUCUCCAGAGCAAGAGGCUCCUUUGAGUAAUCCGAGAUAGAGUCAAAGCUGGGGCCCUUUUUCCUGAUUCUGCUCCUGCCUUCAGUCAUGUCUCACUGGGCCUGAUGAGCAAUAAUGAAGAAGAAGAAGACAAGUAAUUUGCUUGAAGAAAGUGGAUGCAUGUUCAAAAUCCUGGCCUGUAAUAAAAGUAUUAAAAGAAAACUGCAGGUGGAGGUUCUCGAUGCCAAAACAAAGGAUCAGCUUUGCUUUUUAGAUAAGGUGGAGCCCAACUCAACAAUAGGAGACAUAAAGAGCCUUUUUCACAAAUCAUAUCCUCACUGGUAUCCAGCAAGACAGGCCCUGAAGCUUGAUCCCAAGGGAAAAUCACUCAGAGAUGAUGAAAUCCUGCAGAAUCUGCCUGUUGGGACCACUGCCACCAUGUAUUUCAAAGAUCUUGGUCCACAGUUAAGUUGGACUAUGGUGUUUCUUGCAGAGUAUAUCGGGCCUCUCCUCACCUACCUCCUCUUCUAUUUUCGAGUCCCGUACAUUUACUCACACAGACAUGCCUUUACCUCCAGUCCAUAUCCUGUUGUCACAUUGGCCUGUGUCUGUCAUACUUUCCACUACAUGAAGAGGCUAAUAGAGACUAUUUUCGUGCAUCGUUUCUCCCAUGGGACCAUGCCUCUCAGGACCAUAGUCAAGAAUUGUGCCUAUUACUGGGGUUUCUCAGCCUGGCUGGCCUAUUAUAUCAACCACCCUCUUUAUACUCCUCCAUCAUAUGGAGAACUUCAAGUCAACUAUGCACUAGCUCUAUUUGUGAUGUGUGAACUGGGCAACUUCUCCAUUCACCUGACUCUGAAUAAUCUCAGAGGAGAUGGAUCAAAGGGCAGAAGGUUUCCUGUGCCAACUAAGAACCCCUUCACAUGGUUGUUUUUCUUUGUAUCCUGUCCAAAUUACACAUAUGAGGUUGGAGCUUGGGUGAGCUUUUCCAUCAUGACCCAGUGUCUCCCAGUGGCGUUUUACACAUUUCUGGGGUUCAUUCAGAUGACCAUCUGGGCCAAAGGGAAGCACAGAGCCUACACCAGAGAGUUCAAGGACUAUCCCAGCCUCCGAGUGGCCAUUAUCCCUCUGAUUCUCUGAUAGUGGUUGAAGCAUGAACUCUUGCAGCAUGUAAGGGGAGUAACAAAGAAGUUUGCCGCUGCUGAACCCAGCACUAUGCAAUUUUUUUUUACCUAUGAAUGAGCUGAAACAAGUAGACACAGGAGCAAUAAUGUAGCAAUACACUUGAGCUGCUUGAAAAUGCUGUGAAUAUAAUUGUCUGUUUAAUUUCAGCAGCGACUCAAAUUUGAUUUGGCAUUCUGAUAUGAGCUAAAAGUUUGAUUAGACACGUUCACUGCUGUCAUAAUCUCUAUAUUUUGUUGACAUUUGUCACAGUAUUGGAUUUUAUAGUGCUCACUGCAAGCUGGCUCGUUAGAUACGUUUCUCCAUGAUCCAAGUUUUCAGGUUAUGUGAAAGAAUUACAACAUACUCUUCCUCACGAUAAAGUGCCUGUAGAAGCUAGAAACUAACAAAUUUAAAAUGUCAUGGCGUCCAUGUAGGAGUGCAGCAUCACUUUUAAGCUCUCAGAAGGAAUGCUGAUAAGCUAACGUUGAAUCAUGCCACAGUUAAGCUGUUCCGAUGUAUAUCUCAGAGUGUUUUCUUUUUCAUAGAAAUGGGAACUGUACAGUUUGAAAGGUAGCUUCUGACAUUAACGUGCAGAGGCCUUAUCAGGUAGUCAGUGAUAACUGCUGUGGUUUUCUAGUCCAUACUAUCUCAGGUUUUAUUGAACUGUUAGAAAAUGUUUUUUAUAAAAGUGAAUGUAUGUCUGAAUAAAAAUCCACAUCUUAAAGAAAAUUU